CUCAAAACUCGGCUACCACCAUCCCUCUAUAAGACCUACUACUAACGUAGCAGGAAUACGAUCCGGAAGACUCUAGCUAAGUAUCUUACUUGCUAACGCCAUUAUUCCCUAUGUCAUUUGGGGCUAAGAUGCGAUGCAUUUUGGCCUUGGCGGUGUAUUCGUCUUUGAUGACGAGCUGGAUCUGCAGAUCCUCCUUCCGCCGUCGAAGAUCCCACAAGCCAUAAAUCUCCUAGCUUCAACGUAUUCCACCAUGAGCCACGAGGAGAUUGAUGACGAAAAGGCACACUUUGUCGCCAAAAGAGAGGCCUAUCUCGACUACACACUUGCCUUUCGCGACCGUCCCAACGACUUCGCCCGGAUUAAAUUAUCGCAAAGGAGUACCGAAGCUGAUCCUUCUCACGUCCUUCUUAUAUCCAAUAAAAUAUUUGACUACUCUCUCGACGACACUGUCCAAAUCCUUUUCCCACACUGCCCGAAGCUCCCAUUCCCAUCAGUACCAGCCCUCGUCCGUCUCAUGCCCAUUCAUAUACAGAAAUGGAUCGACGUGGGCUAUACCCCUCAAAGCUGGUCCUUUAUCUCGUUGCGUCUCUGUUUAUUGGAGCAAGCCAUCAAUUUCUCUUUUCCCAAAGAAGUGGAAGAGGAGUAUGACAAUGCCGAUCAGCUGCCGACGACGUUGAAGAAGAUGAUGAGUGGCCUCGAUGAGCGUCAGAAGGGUUGGAUUUAUGAUCUUUUUCUCAUAGAGGGAGAGCCGGGCGGGACGUCUAGUGACUCUGAUGACGAGAAGGUCUGGGACACUCUCUUUACCCACUGUUCACCUUCAAUCGCAAAGUCCGACUCCCAUGGCAGUCAUGACAGCGGUAUCAGUGGCCUCUCAGGAAGCUCCGGGAAGAAAGCACCAAUCACUUUCAAAGAUGAUAUCGGAGUCGCUGAGAGUGAGUUUCUACUUUAGCAAGACUACCAACAUCAUGCUCUGGAAUGCAGGUACCCCUCCAGAGCGAGAACACUAUUGAGAACGAGUCUUGUUUAAUUCCAGUGAGAUAGAUAUGUAUAGCGUCAUGUACCAAAGCUUCUGAUGGUAUGGGUUCAUAGUAGCACUGUAACAGACUGAAUCAACAAUUUACUGAUACUUGGUGCCAAAAUACCAGUGCACGGGUCACUUCUAU